AUGUCGCGCGCAUCCAUCAUGGCGCGCAUCUUCAUCUAUGGAUAUAAUUCCAACAUUACGAACCCGCAGACUAUGUCGACUGCGGGUGUCAAGGAUCAUGCUAAUACUCUAUUGAACUUGUUGGAUAUGGAGCGAAGUCCGCAGUUGAACGUCCGACUCCCCAAGAUCAUCUUCAUCGGCCAUAGUCUAGGCGGAUUGGUGAUUAAACAGGCCCUGCUCAACGCCCAAGAAGACCCUAAGUAUACCGCCAUCCGAACUGGAACCUCCGGCCUCGUCUUCUUCGGCUGUCCGCAUCACGGCACCAAAGGCGUCGAACUGGGCAAGAUCGCAGCCAAAGUUGCCCGGUUCGUAUCCAAAGGCCAUGCCAGCAACGAUCUGUUAGAUUGUUUGGAACAUAAUUCGCUGUUUACCCGACAGAUGAGCGUGCGUUUCUCGCACCAGCUGGAGGAUUAUAAAGUUGUCAGCUUCAUCGAGGGAAAGGAGGUGUUGCUUGGUGGUUCGGGGCCAGCGUCCAUCAGUCACCUAGUCGUCGACGAAGAAUCUGCCGUCCUGGGCCUCCCCGGUCAGCGUGAGACCCGCCUCAAACUCGACGCAGAUCACUCGCAGAUGUGCAAGGUUGGCUCCCGCGGACCGAUGUACAAGCUCAUCAAAGGAAACAUCAAACAGAUCGCAGAUUCACGCGUAUUCGACCGACGACAUCCUCUCGCCAUGAAAGCCGAGAGUCUCAUGGGUGAAAUUCUCUGCCACAAGGGCAAAUACCAGGAAGGCGAGUCGGUAUGCGCCAACGUCCUGGCCAGGCAGCAGAUGACCAUCGGCGAAGACGAUCUCGAUACGCUGGAAACCCGCCGAAGACUCGCCGAGGCGUAUGGCUGUCUCGGUCGUCGCGAGGAAGGCGUCGCUGCGGCUGAGAAACGUGCCGCACGGCUGCAGCAUCUCCUGACCGAGGUGGAGAGAGCCGCCGCAAGAUUUAACCCGCAGACACAGACAGCCGUUGAUGAAAUCUCCAAGGUCUCCCGCGAAUUGCACAAUCUUCUCGGUCCCCGACACCCACUCACCAUCUGGGGGCUACGCAUCCUCGGCGCCAGUCAGAUGCAGGCCAGCGCCAGCAUCACCGAGCCCUCGGAGACGCUGCGACGCGCGCUCGCCAGCGCAGAGGAGUAUCUGGGUGCGGACCACCCGAGACUAUGA